UUGCGAUUUGCCGGUUGUUGUCCGCAUUCUAUGUCAAGACGUGAAGGAAAAUUAUAACCGCAACUAACGAUAUCUUGUAAAAUUUACUACGAAGAGAUCAUGCAAGGAGCGUGGUAGUGAGUGCUUAAACUGAACUGUGAAGUGGUUUUGUGAAUGAACUAUCAGCAAAAUGCAGAUUUUGGAGCUGCAGCAAACCGACUAUGAUGACAGCUAUUCCAACGGGACAAUUAACAACUCCGUGGACAUAGCUUUCCGCAAAAUCAACAAAAGCUCAAUAGCUUUCCUAAUAUGGCGCAUUGAAAAUAUGAGCGUAGUUGCUAUACCCCGGGAACAAUACGGCACAUUUUACGACACCGACUCUUAUGUCAUUUUCGCUGCUUCGCUUUAUGGACAACCCGUUGGUGUCGACUCAGUAGCUCGAGAAGUCCGAGGCGCUCCUCUCGAAUACCACGUCCACUUUUGGCUGGGCUCCUCUACAACCCCGGACAAAUCCGGCGUUGCGGCUUACAAAACCGUAGAGUUGGACAAUUUCCUGACCGGAACAGCAACACAACACCGAGAAACACAAGGAAAUGAAAGCCCAAGGUUUAAGAGUUACUUCAAGAGCGGACUAAAAGUCUUAACGUCGGAAUUUUCUUUAUUGAGUUUGCCAAAACUGUAUAAAGUUAAGGGAAAAUGUGCCCCCAUUCUCAUUCAAAUGGACAACGUCUCCUGGGACAAGUUUAAUAGUGCUGAUAUUUUUCUCCUACACACGUCCAACGUUUUAUUUGUUUGGAUCGGAAGAGCUUCCGACGCCGGUGAAAAACUCAACGCGGCAAAACUCGCGACGGAAAUGAAAGAACUGUACAACAUUCCCAAUAUUUCUUUCGUUGACGAUGGUUACGAGAAGACGCUCCAAGACGACGAGAAGAAAGAAUGGAACAAAUAUCUCCCAUUAGACAAAAGACACGUUUUGCCGGAAAACGAAUCGCAAUCGCACAAUUCUUGCCAAAGAUCUAACAAUAUACGUCUUUACAAGUGCUCAGAGAACAAUGGAAAGUAUAGAGUGGCGGAAAUAAAAAGUGGACCUUUGUCGCAAAGCGAUUUGGAACCAGAUGAAGUGUUUAUAAUCGAUCAAGAAACCAACGGAAUCUGGGUGUGGGUAGGAAAAAGGGCGAACGAAAAAGAACGCGGUGAAGCCUUACGCAACGCUCGUGGAUUCGUCAAAAAAAAGAAGUACCCUAACAACACCAAAGUUACUAGAAUUGUCGACGGACAUGAACCAGUCGAAUUCAAAACGCUGUUCGCCUUCUGGAAAGACGAAAACAAAGCCCCUGGACGAGGUGUUAAACCCACCGUUUUGGUGUCGAAAUUCGACGCCGUCACUAUGGAGGAGCGUCCGAGUUUGGCCGCAGAAACCCAGCUUGUUGAUGAUGGUUCAGGAAGUGUGACCCUAUGGAGAAUAAAACAACACAACAUAGUCGAGGUUCCUAAAGACCGUCACGGUUUCUUUUUCAAUGGAGAUUGUUACAUUGUUUUAUACAACUAUCAAACAUCAGCGGAAGAAAAACAUUUACUUUAUUACUGGUUGGGUUCCCAUGCCACACAAGAAGAAAUUACUUUUGCCAAUGCGAAAGUUAUGGAGAUUGAUGAAGAGCUUGGAGGUUUGGGGUUCCUAGCUCGGGUGAUACAAGGGCGCGAACCGUCACACUUUUUACAACUAUUCAAAGGAAAGUUGAUCGUUUUUAAAGGAAAAGGAACCGACUUUGAUGAGUCAGGACGGAACCUUAAACAUCCCUUGCAAUAUUUUCUCCACGUUUUUGGGUCGACUUUAGCUAGUAGCAAAGCGGUCCAAAUACACCCAAAGUCGUCCCAUCUCAAUUCGAAUUACUGCUACGUUCUUAAACGAGGUAAACAUGCCCAUAUUUGGUGUGGGCACUAUUCCACUGGGGAUCAAAGAGAAAUGGCGAAGUUGUUUGCUGGAAAAGACUUCGAGUUGGUUCUUGAGGGCAAAGAAAAGUCCGAAUUCUUCGAUUUAAUAGGGGGGAAAGUACCGUACAGUACUCAGUUGAUGAGGAACGAUGGAGAUGUAAAAUCCCCGAAACUGUUCCACUGUACGAAAAUGAAUGGCAUGCUUAGAGCCGAAGAAAUAUUGUUUUUCACUCAGAACGACUUGCUUCCGGAGAACGUGAUGCUUCUAGAUUUUUUCACUGUUAUUUAUUUGUGGACUGGUAAUUUAAGCUCGAAAGAAGACCAAAGACAGAGUUUGCCCAUGGCUCUGGAAUAUUUACAAACUGAUCCUUGUGGUAGAGAUAUAAAUAUUCCCAUAAUUCAUAUAAAUCAAGGGUGUGAACCACCCUCAUUUAUCGGGUUCUUUCCAAGCUGGAAUAAAAAGCUUUGGAAGGGAUACAAAUCGUUUGGUAAAAGGAGGCAGGAUAUCGAAAUGAAAAAUUCCAAAAGCAAUGGGAAGGAAAUAAAUGGUUAUCAAAAGUCGUCGGGACACAGUGAUUUUGACCAGUAUGAUAAAUAUCCUAUUAACAUCCUCAAAGAACCGAACGAAAAGCUGCCGGCACGUGUAGACCCCUUAAAUAAAGAGCUGCAUUUAACUCACGACGAUUUUGUUUCUGUACUGAAAAUGACUUACGUGGAAUUUGAGAAGCUGCCACGUUGGAAACAGCAAGAACUGAAGAAACGUGCCGGAUUAUUUUAGCGGGAUCUACUAGAGAAUUCAUAUUUAUGUUUUUAUAUAUUUUAUAUACGCCACUUGUAAGAUUAGUAUGAUUAUCUAUUCAGUAUUGUUUAAUAAAAGUGAUUUAUUUAG